AUGACGGAUAAGCUCCCCCCGAACCUGCUCGCGCUCUUCGCGCCGCGACCUCCCCUGCGCUGGGUCGAGCCGACCGACCACCCGCCCGAGAAGCGCUUCACCAGGGCUGUGACUGGAGUUGCCGAGUGCCUCGGCGAGCUACAGAAAUAUAAGGAGACGGACCAGUACACUCCCACCGAGAGCUGGCUCGAGGCACGCGAUCGAAAAAAGGAAGAGAAGAAAACUGCCAUCAAGCAGCUUCUCGAGCAGGGCCCCAAGAAAUUCAACCCCUCGGAUGACCCAAACAUUCGAGGCAAUGCGCUCUCGACCAUGAUCGUCUCCCGCCUGAGCUACGACGCGGAUGAACGGGACCUGGAACGACACUUUGGCCGAUUCGGCUCGAUCGAGCGCAUUCGCGUCAUAUCCGAUACUCGGGCCCACGAGAAACCCAACAAGAAGAAGAAGCCUCACCGAGGUUACGCCUUCAUCGUGUUUGAGCGCGAGCCUGACAUGCAAGCCGCAGUCAAAUCCUGCGAUGGAGAUCGUAUCAGAGGCAGAGCCAUCAAGACAGACGUCGAGCGAGGCCGAACCGUCCACGGUUGGAAGCCUCGAAGACUCGGCGGCGGGCUCGGCGGCCGAGGCUACACCAAAAUCAUGCCCUCGCGCCCUGUUGGUCCCCGUGGCUUCGGAGAUGGAUUCCGAGGUGGAUUCCGAGGAUUUGACGGCGGCCGGCCUCGUGGUGGCGGUCGCGGAGGUCGUGGCGGAGGCUUCAGAGGCGACUUUGGCGGAUUUGAUCGACGCAACGGCGACCGCAGCUUUUCGGGACCCAAUCUCGAUUCGCGAGGACCUGGACGCUUUGACGACAGACAUGGCGGCUAUCGCGGCGAUCGCGGCGACGGUGGCCGGUUUGGCGACCGCGACAGUGGCCGUCGCACAGGCAGCAACAUGGAACCGAUUGGCCGUCGUGACGGUGGGGAAAGGGACAGAGGUCGGGAUCGUCGUGACUAUGACCGGCCGCGAGAUGAUGACAACAGGAAGCGAGCCUACGAGGGAGGAGGGCAUGACGAUUCCCGGAAGAUGCCACGUUACUAA